AUGGCGCCUAGAAAGCCUUCCACCACGGCGGAAGUCGCCUUGGUUCCUCUGAAGAACUGCCUCGUGAAUCUGCCGCCCUCGCUCGUUUCUCUCCUGGUCAACGCCAAUACAGCUGCACAAAAUGUGAUUGUCGAGUUACAAUUCCGCCCGACCGGUCGAGCCAGCAACGGCAACCCUACCCCGCGUUCAUGUUAUCUGGGGUGGACGGGAAUGCCGAGCAAGCGGAGAAUUGCGCCUGUUGUGGGAAGGGAUGGCAUCAACAAUCCAUCGUCUACAAGAGAACAAGAUGCGGCGACUGUCGAGUUGGACACUACGUUUGGAAGGGUCCUCGGUCUCAGCGAAGGGCAAAGAGUUGGUAUUUUUAUUCACCUUGAUCCUCCCGUAGCUCAUACAAUCAACAUUGAGCCUUUGACACCUGAAGACUGGGAGAUUAUCGAGCUGCAUGCGACGUUCCUAGAGCUCAAUCUCUUGUCGCAAAUCCGCGCUCUACCCAAUCCUACGUAUACGACACAACAGGCCGAUCACAUGCAUCCUUUAGCACUACACCUCUCCCCCACAUCGACAGCAAAUAUCGUCAUCACUUCGUUAACCCCUGCUCCAUCCAAUACAUCUCCUUUUGCUAAAAUUGCGCCUGAUGCGGAGGUCAUUGUUGCUCCUAAAACGCGCCCGAAGGCAAACACACGGGCGCCUCGCGGGGAUAACAGGAGUGUCACCGGCAGCAGUAAAAGAAGUGCUGGAGGAAGAAGCAGUGGGGGAAGCACCGCACGCGGUAAAAGCAGCAAGUCUGAAACAAGCCGAGGUGCUCUCUACUUUAGAGGGCUUGACCGGGAUUGGUCCGACCAGUACUUUGAUGAAGAGACGGAAGAGGACAGUAAUGAGGGUUUCCGUGUCUGGCUUGACCCCGAUAUUCUGGCAUCAAACGAACUCCGGGGUGCUGACUGGGCAUGCGUCACACUUGUCCAACCUUCUGGGUUGAAAGCACCACCUGAUCCUCAGCAGCAAAUGAGCCAAGCUGAACAGAAAGCUAGUGAUGCUGGCACCCCUACCACCAAACUCGUGGCGAAAUUACUUCCUUGGAUUGAUGCACCCGAUCCUCAACAUGCUGGUCUAUCCUCCGUGCUUUGCUCGGCCAUAGGCGCGGAAGGAAUGGUAGGCGGUAUUAUUCGAGUAGAGGCCGCACCACCACCACUACAGCGGUCCGCUACUAGAGCACUCAAAGUUUACCCAUUUCUCACGGACGCCACGAAGCGAAAAGAUGGGUUGAAGUUCGGCGCUGAUACCAUUGCAGCAAGGGAUGCACUAGUGGAGCGUAUCAAGGUCCUAUAUGGCAGUACGGGCUCGGGCAAAGGGCUACUUGCAGGUCCAAUAACAGAUGGUAUGGUCCUUCCAAAAUCCGAGAACCAGGGAACAGUGUCUGCGUUUGACGGGGCUGUCAUUCGGUUUGAUCCACCACUAAAGAGUAGCUCCGAUGCAUCCAAGUCGGUGUUUGGGUGGCUGUUAGGGUCUGACACAAAGCUAGCCUUCGAAGUUCAAGCUGAAAUACCAAGACCAGCGCAACAGAGUGCACUGAAUCUAGCAAUGGAGGAUCCGAUUCCGGUCACUGCUCCUCCCAUGGUUGGGAUCGACCAAGUUAUAUCCCAAACCUUGGACAAUCUCAACAAAUCUUGUUCCGUUCUGGUGACUGGUGGGCUUGGAUCUGGAAAGACUGCGCUGGGUCAGCUCUUGGCGCAUCGGUUGCAGAAGGAAUCCCUCUUCAAUGUGAAGUACUUCUCGUGUCGAAAACUUGUGACGGAUGAGACUCGUAUUUCCAACAUCAAAGAGACCCUGAGUCGCCUGUUCAUGUCCGCCGCAUGGUGCGCUCGCCUUGGCGGGCAAUCGGCUGUAAUUUUGGACGACCUUGACAAGUUGUGCCCGGUUGAAACUGAGUUGCAAGUGGGAGGGGACAAUGGCCGUAGCCGCCAAAAUAGUGAGGUAAUCUGCUCCAUGGUUCGCGAGUUUUGCUCCAUGAACUCGGGCGUUGUGCUCCUUGCAACGGCGCAGUCCAAGGAGUCGUUGAACAAUGUUAUCGUGGGUGGGCACGUGGUCCGAGAAGUUAUACAUCUGAGAGCUCCCGACAAAGAAGGAAGACGCAAAGUCCUUGAGUAUCUUACAAGUCAGGAUCGUGGGGCUCCCAGUGCCACGACAGAGGCCGGACCAUCGAAUGCCACCAAUGGCCACGCCAGGUCGGUCAGUACGUCUACUAAUGAUUCAUGGCUAGACCCUUCAAAUCCCGAUAGUCGACCUACGUCUUCUGAUGGUGAUGGUUUUAUCCUUGGGCGGGAUGUCGACUUUCUCGACUUGGCUGGGAAGACUGACGGAUUUAUGCCCGGGGACUUGGUAUUGCUGGUUGCUCGCGCACGCAAUGAAGCUCUCAUUCGGUCUGUCACCGAGACAUCGGAUGAGUCCAAGGCAAUCGUGCUAGGAUCAGCAGACUUUGAUAACGCCAUCAAAGGAUUUACCCCGGCCUCGCUCCGCAAUGUGACCCUCACUUCAUCUACUACUACCUUCUCCGCUAUUGGUGGGCUGCACGAGACUCGAAAGAUGCUACUGGAGACCCUACAAUACCCGACCAAGUAUGCCCCUAUUUUUGCGCAGUGCCCGCUGCGGCUACGGUCUGGUCUGCUUCUCUACGGAUUUCCUGGGUGUGGUAAAACUCUACUGGCUAGUGCGGUGGCAGGCGAGUGUGGCCUCAAUUUUAUCAGCGUGAAGGGACCUGAGAUUCUCAACAAGUACAUUGGUGCUAGCGAAAAGAGUGUAAGAGAUUUGUUCGAACGAGCGCAGGCAGCUCGGCCGUGUAUCCUCUUCUUUGAUGAGUUCGACAGUAUUGCGCCUAAGCGUGGGCAUGACUCGACUGGAGUGACAGAUCGAGUAGUCAACCAGCUUCUCACUCAGAUGGAUGGAGCUGAGGGUCUUUCGGGGGUAUACGUCCUCGCGGCCACAUCUCGACCGGAUCUGAUUGACCCCGCGCUGCUUCGUCCUGGUCGUUUGGAUAAAUCGCUACUUUGUGAUAUGCCAAACCAUGUUGACCGAGCCGACAUCAUCCAAGCCGUUAGCAAGAAGCUUUUGAUGAGCGAGGAGGUAGUGGCCAGGCUAGAUGAGAUAGCAGCGCGCACAGCAGGAUUUUCCGGCGCUGAUCUACAGGCAGUGGUCUACAAUGCACAUCUAGAGGCGGUACAUGAUGCGUUAGGAGAUCGCUCAGGCGAUAAGCCUCCAGCGAAAACCGCGAAGUCAUCCAACCCCAGCACAAGCAGUCGCUCGUUCAUUCAAUUCCUUUAUUCUGAUCUGGAGCAGCGAGCUGGGUCAGUGGCAAUGCCGGCGCCGGCAGUAGUGGCAUCCAAGCUUGACGCGCUGAAGAAUGCACGACGCCGACAACGGCAACUCGAGCAAGGCGGUCUUAACUCGGUAUCAACAAGCGCGACAGCCAAUUCUCAUGAGCCAGGGCCGGAUGAGAGUCGUGAAGAGAUCAUAGUACGAUGGGAGCACAUGGAGCGGUCCUUGAACACAACGCGCAGCUCACUUAGCGAAGCCGAACGGAGACGGCUGCUGGGCAUCUACCGGGAGUUUGUGGAGGGCCGAAACGGUGAAAUGCCGAAUGGAGAAGGGGGGCGGGAGGUCGGAGGACGAACGAGUUUGAUGUAG